CGGGCUUUGGGAUCCUGGUAUCAAUUACGUCAUAACCCAGCGGCCGCCGGGGAUCAGCGUGAGGCCGGCCCCGAGCGCUACAGUCACUUCGCAGCCAGACGUCGUCGAGGAAGAAUACCAAGACCACCACCACCAUGAGUAACACUGUCCCAGCUAUUGGCAAGCCUGCUCCCAUCUUCAAGGGCACUGCUGUUGUUGACGGACAGUUCAAGGAGAUCUCCCUGGAGGAUUACAAGGGCAAAUACGUAAUUUUCUUCUUCUACCCUUUGGACUUCACCUUCGUCUGUCCCACUGAAAUUAUUGCUUUCUCUGACCGUGUUGAGGAAUUCAGGAAAAUUGGAUGCGAAGUGGUUGCUUGCUCUACAGACUCCCAUUUCUCUCACCUUGCUUGGAUUAACACUCCACGCAAGGAAGGUGGUCUUGGUACAAUGAAGAUCCCUCUUCUGGCUGACAAGUCAAUGGAAGUUGCAAAGGCUUAUGGAGUCCUUAAGGAUGACGAAGGCAUUGCUUUCAGAGGCCUUUUUGUUAUUGAUGGCAAGCAGAACCUCCGUCAGGUAACAAUCAAUGAUCUGCCAGUUGGGCGUGAUGUAGAUGAAACACUACGAUUAGUACAAGCCUUCAAGUUCACAGACGAGCAUGGUGAAGUAUGCCCUGCUGGCUGGAAACCCGGCUCCAAGACAAUGAAGGCCGAUCCUGCUGGCAGCAAAGAAUACUUCCAGAAUGAAAAUUAAUAUAAUACCUCUUUUACUGGAUUUUUUUUUUUUUUCUCUCCUUUUAUAAAAUAUUUUUGAUCUGUCUUGUUCAAAAAGAGUUGGCAUUCAGGAUAUGGCAUUAGAUUCAUUCUGGUAAUGAUAUUAUCUUUUGUUAAAACCGGUUUGAAAGCUCAAGCAAUUACAGUACACAACAUAGUUUGAAUCAAAAUAAGUUCAGGUUAUUUUGAAGAGAAGCUGCUUGAUUUCAUAUCAGUAUUCUAUGUUUAGAUGUAUAUUUAAUCAAUAAACUUGCCAGUCAGCUGACUUU